CGUCCGUCCUCCGGCACCGACCCACCAUGGUAGAGCAGUCGGAUCGAGCCCCGCUGCUGGACUGGGAGGAGAUCCCGCCGCCCGACCCGAAUCACCAGGCGGCCCAGCCACCACCACCACCACCACCACCACCACCGCCGGAGGAAGGAAGCACCGAGGCGGAGAAAACUUCCCACCCAGCCGGAAGGCGUCUACCGCCGCCGGCCGCCGCCGUCUCCACCGCCGUCACCUACAGCCCGUCUCGGAACGUAACAGCUGUUGUUGUCAGCCGGGACAGAAGCCUUCAGCCCGCCGAGCUAACCGGGUUCGGGUGGGAUCGCCCCGAGUUUUUUGGUACGGAUCGGAACCUGCCCUACCCCUGCGUCACAACCAGGGAUCAGUGGGAUGAAAAGGAUCAGAUUGUGGCUGUGUUUGUCGUGACUUUCGAUACGAGAUCAGGAAAUAUAAUAGAAUGGUGUCUGCCUCAUGACAUCAACCUCGACGGAGUUGAAUUCAAGUCGAUGGCCAGCGGCUCCCAUCGGAUCACCAGUGACUUUAUAUAUUUCCGUAAAGGCAAUUACUUCGGGCUGGCCUGUUUUGCCAACAUGCCCGUUGAGAGCGAGCUGGAGCGAGGAGCGAGGAUGAAGUCUGUGGGAAUUCUGUCUCCGUCCUACACUCUGCUUUAUCGCUACAUGCACUUCCUGGAGAACCAAGUCAGACAUCAGCUGCAGAAUCCAGGCCAGUAUUCUCCUCUAGAGGCCUUUUACGAGGACAAGAAGGCCGUUCUCCCCCCAACGGGCAACGGUUUGGUCACGUCGUGCCCGAUGUGGAGCGUUGCUUCUAUAAACCGCUGCAUGCACCCAGAAAUGAAGAUCACCCACCCGGCYGGCUGCAUGUCUCAGUUCAUCCAGUUCUUCGGGGAGCAGAUCAUGGUGCUGUGGAAGUUUGUGCUGCUCCGGAAGCGUCUCCUCAUCUUCUCUCCUCCACCUGUGGGUGUGGUCUGCUACAGGGUGUAUUGCUGUUGCUCCCUGGCUAACGUUUCCAUCCCUGGAAUUGGAGUUUCUGUGCCCGAACUACGGCCUUUUUUCUACAUCAACAUCGCCGACAUCACUGCCCUGGAAACGGAGCUGUCAUAUGUAGCCUGCACCACAGAGAAAAUCUUUGAGGACAAGAAGGAGCUGUACGACGUCUACAUCGACAACCAGAAUGUGAAGACGCACAGAAGCCAUCUGCAGCAGCUGCUCAGACUGAACGCAGCAGAUAAGGAGAAGUACAGGAAACUGAGUGAACAGAGGCAAAUGCUGCUGUACUCUCAGGAGGUGGGUGAAGACUGCACAUCAAACGAAGAGGAUCUUUUCAUUCUGUUCUUCAUGGAGCUGAAUAAUCGCAUCUUUCAGAUCCUCUCGGAGGUGGCGGCGAGCGCUGACCCCACCCUCACGGCCGAUCACGUGAGGGCCAUGGGGCUGGACCCCCAGGGCGACCGCUCCUUCCUGCUGGACCUGUUGGACGUGUACGGCAUCGAUGUGGCGCUCGUCAUAGACAACCUGUGCUGCUCCUGAGCCCACUAAACCCCUGGGGACACAUGGACGCCAGUGGAUUAUUUGUACCUGCGAGGCCCACAAACAUUAGGAAGCUGAAAACACUGCCUCCAUCGUGGGACGUCCUCUGUGCUCCACUGUUUUCACGCUGGGUGUCUCUUCUCCUCGUCUCCUUUGACCCGUGGAGACGGCUCACUGUGGUUGAUGUGAACACCUGACCUGGUACUCGUGGUCCCAGCGGCCGAUCCACGCCUGGAUAUCAGAGCAGCUGAUGGCCGCUGCCGUGUCUUGAUGUUUUUGUGUUUGUGAUUCUGGCUGCAGCACUGGCUCAGACCUCUUCACGGCCAGGAUGACUGGACUUGGCUGCACUCGUGACCUCACAGUCCCUGACGCUCUCACUGWCCUGCAGCUCGGGUGAAGGAGAAUCCUAUCUGAAAAGGUUUAACCACUGGGAAUAAUUAUUCAAACACCUUCUCUUAGAAGUUAAACAGACUCUUUUUUUUUGUUGUUGUUGAAUCUACUUCUAAAAGUUGUUACGAGAAAGUUUUGUUUGCUUUUCAAAAUGGAAAUGACAGUAGCUGGAAGUUGAGUCUUUUUCACGCAUAAAUAAAAUACAAAGCACUCUUUGAAGGGAUGCAUCUCGCCCGCUGCCUUUCAUGUCACUACGUUCUGCAGAAUCACAUGCUGCAUCACUCGGUGUCACACAAUAAUUUUCCUCUCAGCUAUUAUCACACCAAACCUUUGCACCGUUUCUCUCAAAUUAACCAAAUUGUAGCCAUUUGAGUGUGUGAGUUUUUUUUAAGGUCGGUUAGCUUUGGUAGCCAUCGUCUAAAAUUGAAAAGUUUUACUAAAAUUAAUGAUUCUUUACAUAUUUUGCUAAUAAACAGACAAAGUUGACUCCAUAUAUUGUAUAAAAGGCAAAAUAUUUAACAAAGAUGCCAUCUAUUAGCUCUCAGUAUGUGUUUGGRAUCAGUCUCAGCUACUAUAACACYAAGUUUUAGCUCAAUGACUGCUUCUGUCGCAGCGAUGUCAGUUGAUGUGGCUGCGGUGGCCAUCUUUAAUCAAAAGCUACUCGUUUACAAAGUUAAAAAUAUAUAUCCAGUGGUUUAUAAGAGAUGUUGGGAUMAGACAGGCCUUCCAGCGGUGCAUAAUAAGAAUAAAUACAUAAAUAUCUUUAUUGUUGCUUUCAUCAUUGUCAUUGAGAGGAGAGAGAAAAAAGCACUAUAAUUGGGAGGGGUCAUUUCUAUGGAGCUAAAKAGAAAACUACUUUAAGCUUUAUGCACUUUGAACACAGGUCUCAUGUGCUCUUGUCUGUGUCGGUCUGAGAAAAUGGCCGAUGUGUUCAGAUAGAAUUUUUUAUCUCGUUGCUUCACUUGUUUUUUUUUCUUCAAAUGAUGGAUAUUUCGGUGAAUAUGUUCCACUUCUUGUGAAUGCUGCACCGGUUCGUUGUUUCUCCUCGUGCACACGUCCGGCUCUGCUGUUUUCUACAUUUAUCCUUUGAACCGAGAGGAACUGUGGUGAAAAGAUAAAUAUGUUUGUAGCUGAUCGACUCACAAAGGUCAUGUUUGUUGGAUGAAAGGUAGCUGUCCUGCUGAUAGCUGAGAGAAAAAAMAGCUUUAACUCCUGUUUGGUCCGAUUCACUGGAAAGAGGUUUUCACGCUGGUCCCAUUCAGCUCGUUUCUGCGUUAGGUUUGGAUCAAAUGUGUCCAAGAUUUUCAAAUCACACUGAUAAUUUGUUCCAUGUUGGAACACAAGAGGAUUGUUUUUUUUUUUUUGUCAAAAUUUGAAUCUUUUUAAAUUCUGUUUGUGGAUUUACAUUUUCAAAUAGAAUCGUAUUCUAAACAUGCUCAUUUCUGGUGUGGGUACCUUUUUUUAUAAUGAUUUAUCACCCUCUGAGUUACUUCUAAGAAAAAAAAAGAAUAAAAUGCACUGUUAUAUAUGAAAGGAAAGGGGCAGUUAAGCUUUAUUUUUAAUAUGGGGCCUUAAAAUGUGACAUUUUGAAACCUAUAGCAAAAUAGUUUGUCUAUCUUUUUGUAUGUUGGCAUUAUCUGCUGAAAGACUGUUUGCACUUGUGCGUAACCUUACUGAGUGUUCACUCUGCUUUCUCUUAACUUGUUUGCUUUCAAAGUGGAAUGUACACAGCGCACACGCCACUGUAUAAAUGCCUUCUUGGAAAUGUCCACAGUUGUGUACCAGCAUCAGCUAACAAUUACUGUACAGUCUGAAUGUCAAAGGAAAAAGUGCUGCGCGCACGCAGCGUCACCUCCGAGUCGUGUAAUUGUUUCCUUUUUUUUGCCCGAUUGUAGUAAAAGUUGAGAGUAAUCACAGAAUGUAAGUCUCCACCUCUGUGUGUGAAACAGAGGCGUCGGUUAUGUACACAAAACUCAACAGCAUGAGCAACUGUCAGUUCCACUGUACUGCCUUUGUAAAACAAUAAAACACUGAUACUGUUCAA